AUGAAAUAUGUUAAGCUAGUUUGAUUUCAAUUCAAGUCAAUUGAUUUCAUUAUGUGUUCGACGUCUAUGCCGUAUUUCUCAUCGUAAGAUGACUUUAAUUGACGGGGCAUUCUUUCCAAAUGGGAUCCCUGAGGACAGAUCGUGUUAUUGUGUUUGAAACGCCGUGGUCGACAUGAAGUCGAAAGUCCAGAUGGAGGGGUGUGUCGUGGCCCACCUCUUGACGGCGGGUCCAUUGGAAAAGGCGUAUUCCCCGUACAGCCUCUUACUCGGCCAAUCUGGCGCCGUAAGUGGGGCACUCACCACGGAUGUCGACGAACAACAAGGAUUUAUUACCGAGGUCAUCAAUAUUCAGAGUGUCUUGCGAAUCCCCAAAAUUCUAUUCAAGUCCAAUCCCCAAGCCAAUCUGGAAUUCAUGGUCGAGAAUCUAGACCCAAAACUAAAGCUUUUGGGCCUAUCCAAGUUCGUUCUCCAGCCGCAAGAGUCUUUGUGCGUGCCUAGUCAGAAAGAUUACUAUUAUUUCGAUAUCCUGACCAAGAUUGCUCCCCAAGCCAAUCUCCUGCUCUCAUUUAUCGCCUGUCAAGUUGAGCCUAGCCAAUGGGCCCUCACAAUGAUCCACACGUGUCCGUUGAAUAAGAACGUGACACUUGACACCGAAAUCUUCAACCUGACCCGUCCUAAGAAACUCGAGGAGAGGUCCUGUAUGGCCAACUUGACCGACACCCUGACCUUUGUGUGCCAAGAAAUGCAAAACGACGCCCAUGGUCGCGCUCACGAAGCUCUGGCCUCCGAGAUUCGCAUUCAAAGUGAGCGCUUGAAAAAAGCUCAACAAGCCAAGCAGGCCCUGUUGGACGAGAUCAACCAAAUCAAACGACAGCAGCUGAGAAACAAUGCUGAGAUCUCUUGGACAAACUACCUCGACCAAAAGACUUAAUAACGCCGCCUGUAUUUCGACCCUUCAUCAGAAAACUUCGUUAAUAUAACGUGUCAUUGGA